UUAGAUCCAGACAAUGACACGUCACACACUCACUCUUCUCCUAUUGGUUUUACCCGUGGGCCCCCACCGACCGCCUCUUCUUGACUACUACCCAUUUCUCUCUCUCUCUUGUCUGCUGCUCUUUCUCUCACUCUCCAUCCCGCUCCUCCUCCGGACGAUAUCUCCUCGCGGACAAAUCUAGGGUUUUCUCUCUCUCCAAUUACUCCAAAGCCCUCCAUAGAUCGAUCCAUUCUUCUAGAUGCUAAUUAUCAAGUGAGUACAUUGUUAUGUGUUGAUUAGAUGGAGAUGCUCAGUUGUGGUGGAUAACAAUGAGCUUGGUUCAGGAUUUUGAGAAUUUGUUGCAUGUAUGAUUAGCUAUAUCUAGUAUUCUUGUGUGGGAGGAGCAUCUCAAUGGCUUCAGGUCUGAUGAGAUGCCAGAGACUGCUCUUGCUUUCCGCUUUGCUUAUUUAUGCUGCAAUGCAGGAGAUCAGUGCGAUAACUUCAGAUGGUGAAGCACUCCUCAGUUUUAAAACUUCUAUUGUUGGUUCCGAUGGUAUCUUCCAACAAUGGAGACAAGAAGAUUCUGAUCCUUGUAUUUGGAGUGGAGUCACUUGUGACAAUCACACUAGAAGAGUAAUUCGCUUGAAUCUUUCCUACCACAAGUUGAUUGGGUCUAUAUCACCAGAUAUAGGGAAGCUAAGUAACCUGAAACUACUAGCUCUGCAUGGCAACAGCUUAUAUGGAAAUAUUCCACCGGAGAUCGGAAAUUGCACAGAGUUACAACAUGUAUAUUUGCAAGGAAAUUACCUAAGUGAAUCUAUCCCCCCUGAGUUUGGUAACCUUUGGGAACUUGAGACACUGGAUCUCUCCAGCAAUACUUUGAGUGGGUCUAUUCCUGUUUCCCUUGGCAGAUUGACCAAACUUACUGAAUUUAAUGUAUCAACAAACUUCCUGACUGGAUUAAUACCUACUGAUGGCACUCUCUCCAAAUUUACUGAAAAUUCCUUUAUUGGAAAUCGUGGCCUGUGCGGGAAGCAAAUUCAUGUUGAUUGCAAGGAUGAAUUUGGUUCGGCACCAGGAGGUAGUGGAGCACCCUCCUCAGAUAAUCCAGGCAAUAAGAAGCCUACAAGAAAUUCAACUAGGCUUGUUAUAAGUGCAGUAGCGACUGUAUGUGCUCUGUUACUGGUGGCGCUGAUGUGUUUCUGGGGCUGCUUUCUCUACAAGAAAUUUGGGAAAAAUGAAAUUGGAGGUCUUGCAAUGGAUGUUAGUGGAGGUGCGUCCAUUGUUAUGUUUCAUGGGGACUUGCCUUAUACAACAAAGGAUAUCCUUAAGAAGUUGGAAACUUUAAAUGAUGAGAACAUUAUAGGUUCUGGGGGUUUUGGGACUGUAUACAAGCUUGCUAUGGAUGAUGGCAAUGUAUUUGCUUUGAAAAGAAUUAUUAAGACAAAUGAAGGAUUAGACCGAUUCUUUGAUAGGGAACUUGAGAUUUUGGGAAGCAUCAAACACCGAUAUCUGGUCAAUCUACGUGGUUAUUGUAAUUCCCCUUCGUCUAAGUUGCUACUCUAUGAUUUCUUAGCUGGUGGAAGUCUGGAUGAAGCUUUACAUGAACGUUCUGAGCAACUUGACUGGGAUGCGCGUCUUAAUAUAAUCAUGGGAGCUGCAAAAGGUUUGGCAUAUUUACAUCAUGAUUGUUCCCCUCGUAUCAUACAUCGUGACAUUAAAUCAAGCAACAUAUUACUUGAUGGCAAUUUGGACGCCCGGGUAUCUGAUUUUGGACUGGCAAAAUUAUUGGAGGAUGAAGAGUCUCAUAUCACUACAAUUGUUGCUGGGACAUUUGGUUAUUUGGCUCCAGAGUACAUGCAGAGUGGUAGAGCUACAGAAAAGACUGAUGUAUACAGCUUUGGAGUACUAGUACUUGAAGUAAUAAGUGGAAAGCGCCCCACGGACUCAUCCUUCAUUGAGAAGGGUUUAAAUAUAGUGGGAUGGCUGAAUUUUUUGGUUGUGGAGAACCGGCAAAGGGAAAUAAUUGAUCCACAGUGUGAGGGUGUGCAGCUAGAAAGCCUGGAUGCACUACUGUCGGUUGCCAUUCAGUGUGUUUCAUCCAAUCCUGAGGAUAGGCCAACUAUGCACAGGGUGGUGCAGAUACUAGAGUCAGAAGUCAUGACCCCAUGCCCAAGUGAUUUUUAUGACUCAAAUUCAGAGUGAAGCCAAGUUCCAGUAGGCAUUCUUUUGACUUUGUAACAGUGCAUGUUCCAAAAGCCAUUAUUCGGAGCAUCCUGUUCAAUUAUUAUUGUUAUUAUUCUUGUUUGUUUCUGUAAAUGGAACUACUUCUAGCCACCAUCAUUUGUUGUUGUUGUUCCAUAUCAACAUAGAUAUAUGUAAUAUGUUAGUCAGUGGAAGCUGUUUCUAUAUAUA